AUGACGACUGUUUCGCCGCCUAAGCCCUGGGAACGCGCCGGUGCAGCAGCUGCCUCUGGAAUCAGCACACCUGGACCCUUAACCGCCAUGGCCGCGCCCACCUCGAGCAACGACACCUCCACCACCACCUCUACAUCAGCGCCUGCCCUUCCCGACCGACCCACGACACUCAACAGCGUGGUCAAUCAGACGGCUUCCAACUACACAAACCAAAACCGGUUCGGCGCCGGCAUUGGUGCGACUCCAUAUUCGUCGCCAUACUCGUCCUAUUCGUCUCCAUACAACAGGUUUGGCGGUGGCAUGUAUGGCGGGGGAAUGUACGGAGGAGGCUAUGGCGGCAUGGGGGCCGGCCUCGGAGGGGGCAUGUAUGGAGGUGGCAUGUACGGUGGAGGAGGUUACGGCAGUUACCCAGGCAUGCCUGGCGACCCCAACAAUCAAAGUCUGACACAGACGUGGAACCAGAGCACUGCGGCCACCUUCCAGAUUAUGGAAGGCAUCGUUGGCGCGUUUGGAGGGUUUACACAGAUGCUGGAGAGCGCCUAUAUGACGACGCAUUCUUCUUUUUUCGCGAUGGUAUCAAUGGCCGAACAAUUGGGCAAUCUCCGCCAGACUUUGGGUUCGAUCCUGGGAAUCUAUACGUUGAUGCGCUGGGUGCGCACUCUCCUGGCCAAGCUCACAGGUCGCCCACCACCAGCGGACGCCACUGCACUCACGCCAGCCAACUUCUCCUCGUUCCUCUCCGGCGGCCGAGCGCCCGCCACGCUUCCCGACGGGAGCCCUGCGCCUCCUCGACCGUCCAAGAAACCGUUUGUGAUAUUUGCACUGGCCGUGUUCGGCCUGCCAUAUCUCUUGGGCAAGGUGAUCCGCGCGAUGGCCAAGUCACAGGAGGAAGAACAGCGACGGCAACAAGAACAGAUGACUCUGUCAUACACAAACCCCAAUGGCGAGCAAGUACCCAUUGACCCGCGGAAGCUUGAUUUCUGCCGUGUUGUAUACGACUACACGCCUGCCCCCAAUUCGGCGGGUAUGGACCUACAAGUGAAGAAGGGCGAUUUUGUCGCCGUGCUGUCCAAGACAGAUCCCAUGGGCAACCCGUCGGAAUGGUGGCGCUGUCGAGCUCGUGAUGGCAAACAAGGCUACCUGCCUAGUCCCUACCUGGAACCGAUCCAGAGGCCUGUGCAAUCGGCCACACAACAAAUCACGGAGGGCACAGCAGUGUCGGCGCCGGGAAGUCGAAGCGCCACCAUCAAGGGCACUGGUGCCGUUGGAGCCGCAAGAAAACUUCUCGAGGAAGGAGAGAGGACCAAGAGUCUGAGUGGGAAGGGCCCCGAAGUCAAGGGCGGGCCUGGCGAUAUUACGCCCGAGAGUUUCCAGAAGAGCGCGUUCUACUCUUGA